AACCCUGAGAACCGAGUUUCACAUUGUCACCGUGCGAGGUCUUCAAUAUCAAUUCAGAGUUUACCCGUCACUCCUGCCGAUCUUUAAAAAGUAAAAUUGAUAUUGUGAUGAAAUCAAUUUCUUUAGAAUGACUGAAACUCCUUUAGGCUUAGGCGAGAAGACAUUUAUUCUUCAUGGAGUCGAUCUUAAUCUAAGAAAUGAUGGUCGAUCUAGAUAUCAAUUUCGUUCCAUCGAGAUUGAAACUAGACUAAUGCCACAUGCACAUGGAUCAGCAAGAUUUCGUAUUGGCAAUAUUACAGAUGUUUUAGCCAGCGUGAAACUGGAGAUUGACACACCACAUGCUGAAAAACCAGAUGAAGGCAAAAUGGACUUUUUUGUAGACUGUUCUGCUAAUGCUACACCAGCAUUUGAAGGCAAAGGUGGAGAUGAUUUAGCGACCGAGAUAAGCAAUGUUCUUUCCAUGGCUUAUCAGACACCAGAUGUCUUUGACUUAAGACAGUUAUGUAUAAUACCUCAUAAGAAAUGUUGGAAAAUAUACGUGGACAUUUUGAUCCUUCAAUGUGGUGGAAAUCUGUUUGAUGCUGUCGGCGCUGCUGUCAAGGCAGCAUUGUAUAAUACUGAAAUUCCAAAAGUACUUGCAGCAAUGCUUGAUGGCGGUGAACCAGAUAUUCAGGUCUCGGAUGAUCCUUAUGAUUGUAUCAAACUCGAUAUUACAACAUAUCCAUCGAUAGUAACAAUAUGCAAGAUUGGUGACAACUUUGUGAUAGAUCCAACAUUAGAAGAAGAAUCAUGCAGUGCGGUCAGUCUUGUUAUGUCCGUAAUGCCAAAUGGCAAAAUAACAUCUGUGAUCAAGCUGGGAUAUGGCAGCCUGUUGCCUAAUACUUUAAUUAAGAUGUUGGAAGUAGGAAAGGACAUUGGGCUUAAAUUAAACGAAGCUCUUAAGAAAGAAUUAGAGGAAGAAGAUAAGCUCGGCCGAACAAAACCUCUUUGUGGCUUUCUUAGAUAAUAUACAUAUACAAUAUGUAUUUAUUGUGAAUUCUAAAAGAUUUAAAUAUAUUUGUUUUUAAUGGAA